AUGAAUCUAUGGAAGCAAACUCCCAGUGAUUUCAUAAAGCAGAUCAUAGGAAGACUGGUUGUAGUAAAGUGAAAGUCUGGAGUUGAUUACUGAGAUGUCCUGGCUUCCCUGGAUGGCUUCGUGAAUAUAACUCGGGAACAAACAGAAGAAUGUGUAAACGGACAACUAAAGAAUAAGUAUGGGAAUGCAUUUAUUCAAGGAAACAAUGUGUUAUAUAUAAUUAUACAGACAAGA